CGGCCGCAACAAGAUUUAGCUUCAAAAAAAACUGUGGCGCUAGGUAUCCCUAAAAAAAAAAACAAACUGCGGCGCUAGGUUUGCGCCGCCAGCUCUCAUCGUCGCCUCCGGCGGCCGGUCACCGGAGUGCGUCUCCGUCGCCUCGCCCUAGCCACUCCUCCCCUUCGUUCUAGCGAGCACCAACGCCAGCCGUGGCCUGGGCUUGAACCCUGGUCUCCUCCGUCGGUCCCGACCAGCGAGCACGCCUCCUUCAGCCAUCUCCUCCCCUCCCGGCCUCCUCGCAGCACCGGUCGCAGCACUACUUCCACGCCUCCUCUACACCAACAAGGGCAGCACCAAGUUAAGGUUCAACUUAGACAUCACCGCAAUCUGAAGUGUAGGAGUGCCCCUGAAGUUACCAUGGCCGAUAUUGCUCCUGGUUCCAUCAACUUCCACAGGAACAUCGAAAAUUGUGUGGUUCGGAUAGUAUAUCGUGUGGAUGGAGAUGUUGUGAAAUCUACACUGGGUGUUGUGGUUUCAGUUGGGAGAGGCUACUGUGACAUUGUAGCAAGGAAUUCUAUAUUGGAAGUGAAGAAACCGAAUCGAGUUCGGGUUUAUUUUCCUAAUAAUGACAGAGUUCGUAUUACAUCAUCUGAGGACCUUGGCAAUAACAUUGGCAUGUUCCAUAUCUUGGGUAAUGAUCUACAAGUAGCUCCAAUGGUGCUUAGUUCUCAGGACCCUCUUCCAAAUGAGACUAUAUAUCUCUUCACAUACAAAUCAUUUGGAAGACAGUGUGCAAUAUUACCCCCAGGAAAUGUGACUAGCAUUGCUGGAUGUCAGCUUAAACAUGAUUCUACAACUCCUGCCGAGGUUGAUGAAGAAGAUAGUGAUGGGGAAAUUCUAGUUAAUGCUAGAGGCAAACUUGUUGGUAUUGUUGAUGAAAAACACCGUCAACAUGCCACUACUUCAAGAGUAAUAAGAAAUGCACUCAAUAAGUUGGGAGGUUAAAGCUGAAUAGGCCAAAGAUCUAUUGGAAUUCCUUUUGAGUGGAUAUUUGUAAUGUGAAGUAACAUUUUGGUUUCAUGAAUUUCGCCACAAUGGUUAUUAAUGGUAUCAAGCUGAA